UCUGUCGCAAACGGCCACACCGUCAACACCGUUAUUAUAUCAAUAAAGUCCAGAAAUUUGAGUGUUAUAAACAAACGAAAUGUUGCCUAAUAUCAGCACCAAUCGGAUCAAUUGAGAGACUCGACAGAAAAUGACUCCGAUUCUCGUCUCAGUCUUCCCGAAUCGUGGAAAACAAAUCAAUAAGACUCUCAUGGUGAUGUCACCAUUUCAACAAGUUGUCCAAUAUUGUACUAGAUUUAUCGAUCGGAGAAACUUGAGAAUAAUCGAGUGACAGAAUGGAGGAUAGUGGAAUAGACAGCGACCCGAAAACCGUCAACAACGUCGAAGAUGAACGUUCGUCUUUUAUGACUUCCAAUUUCCAGCCAAGUGAUAGCAGCUGUAGCAGCAGCCAGACGCACAAUUCCGAACGGAGCACUACGAAGCAGCUACAAAAAAAAUUAGAAGCACGCAUCGAACAGGCCAAACGCAUUCAACGAAGUUCCGAGUAUAUAAAACUGCCAAAUAACGAUAAAAGUAGCGCAGUUACGACCAAUACGACUGGCUUGAUUCCUAUAAAAAGAUUACCAAUUCCUCGUAAAAAUAACGAGCAUCAUCCCCUCGUAGAGUACUGGCAUAGCGAUAGCGAGAGUGAAGAUGAAUCGACUCUUUUUCCAAUAUCAAGAGGAAAAGAAUCAACGAAGCACAAACAAGAUUUGACUGAUACUUUCAGUAUCGAAGAACUGAGCGAAGGAAGUGAGGAUUCGUUACAUCUCGGUCCAGCUAAAACUGCCGGUCCUCACACUCGAACUUAUACUCCAACCGGUUGUUUCUCGUGUCGUUGUCAAAUAUUGUGAAGUUCUCAGACAUUUAUAAAUGACAAGAUAAUAUUAUUGCGAUUAUAAACCGCCUUCAGAAUUCUAUAUUUAUUAAAUGAAAAGCGGCAUAUAUUUCAUUGAGUCGAAUCCAUUUGACGAAACUAUGUGUCGAAGAACUCUUCAAAAGUGACAACAUUCGAAAACGGUAUAAAAAUUCAAAAACCAUUACUUUCAAUAGAAUCAUUGAUCGGUAAACUAUUCGGUAUUUCAAGUAAAUGAAAAUAUACAUGUUCAUCGUGCAAAAAUCAGUCUUCCUUAUUUCAUUUGAUGAUAACAUAAAGGGGAUUCGGUUUCCAAAAUCGUGUAACGAUAUCCCAAAAAUACGAAGAUAUUAAUUUCCAUACGAUUGUGAAUCAAGUAUAUUUAUUCUAUUAUAAUGAUGUUAUGCCAAAGAAUUAAUAAAGCUCGUAUUGAGAUCACA